CACACAAACACACGCACACACACACAUACACAUUUACACUCGCUGGACAGCACAUUGGCCAAAUUGGUCAUCGGCUUGAAGGCCGGCAUUCAGUUUCUCCAACAUAUUCGGAACAGGCACAGCUCGCCGCCACGCUUUAAUUAUUAUUAAUUCGAGAAAUAAAUAUAAACAGCGCGCAAGAUGAGCUACUACAGGCUGCUGGCCAUAGCCUGCCUGUGUUCAGUCUCCACUUGCCAGGGCGGCUCGGUGUUUGAUUUCGUUACACAGUCUGCACCACAAUUGGAUAAUGUGACAGCCAAACCCGUUGCCAAUCGAGACAUCACUAUCGGACCCUGUAAAUGGGCCAUUGGACGCAGCUGUCCCGAUCCUGAUGUCAAAUACUAUAUUUACACGCGACAAAAUGUCAUGGAUCGUCAGAAUCUGCACGUUGACGAGUCCGCAGAGCUAUCCAAUCUCACCAAUUCCAACUUCAAUCCAAGAAAUCCCACCAAAAUACUCAUACAUGGCUACAACUCCGAUAUGUUCCUGAGUCCGUUGCAACAAAUGCGAGAUGAAUACCUAGCCAAAGGCAAUUACAACAUAAUCUAUGUGGACUGGAGUGUUCUGGCGCCGAGCCCUUGCUACAUAAGCGCCGUGCACAAUACGCGGCAGACGGGCGCCUGUACGGCGCAGCUGAUCGAGCGUCUGGUGGAGAUGAACAAUACGGAUAUACACAUCAUUGGCUUCUCGCUGGGCGCCCAGGUGCCCAACUAUAUAGCGCGCAAUUUGAAAUCGUUUCAGCUGCCGCGUAUCACAGGACUGGAUCCUGCGAUGCCACUGUUCAUUACAGCCGGCCUCAAUGACAAGUUGGAUCCCAGCGAUGCGGCAUUUGUGGACGUGAUACACACGAAUGCCCUGGUGCAGGGCAAGCUGGAGCGUUGCGGACAUGCUGAUUUCUAUAUGAAUGGCGGCAUUUCGCAACCGGGAUGCUCGGGACCACAGUGGAUGAAUUCCUUUGCCUGCAGCCAUCAGCGCGCCAAUGCAUAUUACCUGGAGUCCAUACGCUCGCCCAAGGGCUUCUGGGGCUGGGCCUGCAGUAGCUACAUCUCCUACCUGCUGGGCAUGUGUCCGCCCACGAACUAUCUGCUGGAGGCCGGUGACAAUGUGCGUCCCGGCACGCGCGGCAUGUUUCUGAUAGACACCAACGACACCUCGCCCUAUGCGCUGGGCAAGUGGACGGAUCUGCCCACGCUUGGCGUCAAGCGGCCACGCACACCUCCGCUGCCGCAACGCAUACCAAUGCAGAGUGUGGAUCCGCUGCUGCAGCACAUCGAUCCGUUCGGCAAGCUGGCCUAUAAUUUCAAUAAUCUGCCAAGCACACCAGAUACGCACGAUCUGUAUGAGCACUGGACCAGCUACAGUCCACCGCAAAUUACGGAAAGCGAGAGCGAUGACUCCAUCGAGGAGCAGGAUGUGGGCUCGGGCGAUUUUUCAGAGCCGCCGGAUGAUCGUCAGCUGAGGAGCCCGCUAAACUGGUGGGAUUACAGACGUAAUCUUACCUAUGGCUACAUAGACAAUGAUAUAUUCAGCACGCCGAACGUGCACUAACCAUACACCACAAAUGCUUAGCUCCCUUCCCUUGCCCCAUUAACCAUAGAGCAUCUGAAAGACUCUCUCAUGCAAAUAACAUUCCAAUUAAUGAUAAUAUAACUGAACUUAAAAUAGUAAUAUUAAUUUGAUCAAAUAAUAUAUUCCCCUAGGUGUAAGUAGUCAAAGUCAAGUAAAGUAAAAACUAAAAAUUUAAUGUUGUAGCUACCCCUACUACAUAUAAUUAUUAGUAAAUACAUAUAUCUUAUUAUUUGAUUUAUUGUAUUUUUAAACAAAUCGCAAUACAAUAGCAGUUCGUACAUAAUUAUAUUGUAAAUUGUAAUAAAUCGCCAUAUAUAUAUAUA